AGGCGGUUUCAAUCCCUUCCAUCCUACAGCCGCUUCUUUUUUAUUAUUGUUUGCGCAACUCAGCUCCAACGCUGUUGUUGACACAGUAUUGUACCCGCGCUGUAAAGCCAAGCAGCCUACAUUGUUUGGACCCUCGUAAGUCGAAGCCAGAUUUAAACGGUGAAGAAACAGUUGCAACGUAAAACAACGCACCAUCUGAGUAACCCACAUUGGCCAGGAAUACAUCACGUUUGAUUGACUUACUCCGAAAAACGAUUGCCACGAGCCAAGGCAACCACCGACGAAAGCCAAAUUCCGGCGUGACGUCAUGCCACGUGACGCCCAUUGAGACGGAUGACGUCCUCCGCUCCGACAUAAGCCGCCAGCGGACUGCGGAGUUUUUGCAAUCGUGUUCAGCGAGGGAUUCAGAGUGAUUUCAUUUUGCGCCCAAGGAUUUUCAAAUUCAGGUAUCUAAUAAAGGGGAUCAAAUGAGCGUCCAUCCUCUAGAAUGAAGAUGCGUGCAACGUGGGGGAUACUCGUGUUGAACGCCUUGUGCAGUGUUUGUGACGCCUGUUCCUGCUACUACUUCCAUCCGCAAGAACAUUACUGCACCGCUGACUUUGUGGCACUGGUCACGGUCAAUGAACAACGCGAUAUGGACAAUUAUACCAAGAUGCAAAGUUACUACGUCAUUGUGCACAGGCUAUUUAAGGCGAACAAAGACUCCGUGGAAGGGUUGUCUAAGGGCAUCAUUUGGACUCCAGCGAAUGACGCCGUUUGUGGGAUCACUCUUAAGACUAACAGGAAAUACCUAAUCACAGGCUCUUCCGAUAGGUCAAAACCAAAAGUGUCUCUCUGCAAUUACCACCAGGAGUGGAAUGCCCUGACACGGAAACAGAAGAAGGGGUUUCAAAGACUAUAUCGUAAUGGCUGCAACUGCACAGUUCGAGUGUACCAUUCUGGUCGUGACGCCAACAGACAUUGCCUUUGGGAGACAUCCGAUAGCCUGGACUGCCAGAGUAAAGAGGCUAUCUGUGUACCUUCCCACGUGAAACCUGGCUGCAUUUGGCUCGGUGGACAACGGUACCGGGAGUGCAUGAAGAAGAGGAGGAGGAUGAAGAUCCUCGAGGGACCUUCAGGUUCUGCGCCUCUCGAAAACUCUUAUUCAAGAUAGCGAAGAACGAAGGGUAUUAUGUCCGGAGAGGGCGUAUUUUUGCCAACCUUCUCCACGUAUCAGUAGAUGAUACGUUAUCAAUAGUGUACAGUCCGUAUUUAUGAUAGACGGUGACAGUUUUAGAAUAUGGGACCCAAGCGGUACCUAAGCACAUCGACGGGUACCCGCAAGAAUCUCUUCCCAGACGCAUUGUCCUGCGGACUCUGUUUCAGUUUUCUACCUUCUGUUGAGCGUUAAACGGUAGGAAUCGAGACACAGUUUUUUUAGAACCACUCAUAAGACCUGAGUUUGCUUUGUUGGCGCGGGAUCAUCUCCAGGAAAUACUCUUGCAAGGGGCGACGCCCUUAAAACGAACCGUCGGUUCUUUUAUGCCCAUGUACAAAACAGAGCGAGCGAAGCAAGUUUAUGAAUGAGUCUACACAAAGGGAUAUGUCUUAAUAAACGCACGACAUUAUUUUUGUUCGUCCUCCAUAGGAUACUUGGUGGAAUCGAUCCCUAUCGAUCUGAAGCGGUGUAUAUAUAGGUACGGAACGGAAAGCGUCCUCUCAGGCAGGAGUUUUCGUCAAGCCCCAUAGUGCGACUCAGUGAGUUAUCCUGACCCCCCUACACCCCCUAACUUUUUCACCUGUGUACCCCCUACAGGAGGUGCCCUUGCGAUUUCAGCUUUAGACACAUGUCGGUUAUGAUACGUUAAGCUGUAAUGACGUAACUAUAAUAAUGACCCCCCAUUUUUUUGAACACCCCUCCGUGAAGAUAAACCACUGGUGCGACUGAUGUAUGCUCACCAUUUCCACGUGGUUUGGGAAGAAGGUCUGCUCUAUGAGCGGGAAGGCAUCCUUACCCAGUCGCCGCUCGAGGCUCAAUAAUUGUGUGAACUGAAAAGAAAUCUCUCUCUGAGUGAUGAUCAUUGAGUGAGUGAGUGAGGACUUACCACCCAUGGCUUGUCCUGGAAGUUGUAGAGGCUGUGGAGAGAAUUGAGUGACGGGACGCCCCCGUAACGCAAUCCCAACAGGAUGGGCCGAUAGUCCUUGUGGGCGUCACGAACGUGUUGCCGCACCAGCACAAAAUCGGGCCGGAAAGAACGCAUUACCUAUACACGCAUUAUGAGAAAGUUGCCCAUCCAUACCCUAUUGCUAAUAUGCUCUAUUGGCAUACCCUAGUCCCGUUGCGAAUGGCGGCCAUGCUGACUUGCGUCCCCGUCUCAGUGUUCGCCGACAGGCUGAGGUCCUUGAACUCCGCUUGUUCCACGCGAAUGUCCCAGUCCCCAUGGACCUUCUUCCCUCGGAAGUAUUUGCUCCUUGAAGAUGAAGAAAAUAAAUGGCAACUUUGUUGCCAGAAGGUUGAUUGGCUUACCAGUCCGUGUUAAGGUCAUCGAUGACUAGAAGGGUUAGGUGUCGCUCUUUGUUGUAAGGCUGAGCUCCUUUAGCCGUUAGUGAAGAACCCCUGGUGAGAAAUGAAGUGACUGUCCUGGCGGGAGAACUUGGAGCACUCGUUGCUGAGCUGGGUCGUAAAUUCAACGAUAGGUCGCCGCCGCUGUCUUGUUGUUGUUGUUGUUGUUGGGAUGGAGGGGGGCCUCCUUCGCCACCUUGCAAAGGGCGUGGAGGGCCCUCAUCACUUCCUGGUUGGUCCUCGAGUUCGCCAGAGAGAUCCCCGGACGAGAAGCGUCGACGCAAAUAAUUUGUGGUCGACGCAAAACUCUGUACGGAAUACACGGCGAUUGUGUUACUAUGUGUGUCAGCUUGCUGUUUCAGUAACAUCGCAUUAAAACGACUUAUUUUCUUGU